AUGUCUGGCAUAGCACCCACAUUGAUUCCGCCGCCCACCGCGGUGGACGACACUCACAAAGUGUACUCGAUUGCCAUCGGCUGCGGUAUCAUGUGUGGAGUCACCACGGUGGUCGUCCUCGCUCGUUUGCUGUUCCGUUGGAAGAGUAAGACACUAGGCCUCGACGACUAUGCAUUCAUUCCUGCAACCCUUUUCUACUGGGGCUGGUCAAUCAUGGCCAUCUACGUGAACCUUCAUGCCGGCGUGGGAAAGUCACUAUGGGAAAUCACGCUUGGGGAAUACUCAAUUUGGUUCCAAGGUAUCAUUGGGUCUAUGUGGCUGUAUCCUGCGAUGAGCUUUUGGAUACGCGUCUCUAUACUGCUCUUCUAUCGCCGACUUUUCGCGACUCCGGGAUCUAGAUUCCUAACAGUGGUCAACGUUCUCCUCGUCUUACAGGUUGUAUACCUGAUUGUCUACUCAAUUAUUCCGGCUUUCGUUGGGCGUCCCCUUUACAAACUCUGGAAUCCAUUGGAGCGCGGCCAAUACAUGGACGACUACUACUACUCCUACACUCAGAUAGCCCUAUAUGCUACAAGCAUGGCAUUUGAUGCCAUUCUCCUGUUUCUCCCGACAUGGCCUCUUUGGAAACUGCAAAUGCCACUUCGUCGACGACUAUCAAUCGCUGUGGUUUUCAUGAUGGGCGCUGCCGCCAGCGUAGUAGCCGCCUGGAAGCUGGCAAUAUAUGUUAUCGAGAUGUACCGAUUCACUCACAUCGAUCCUCACUGGAUGGAUUACGAGAUGAGCAGAUUGAUUCCGCCGCAAUUUGACACAUAUGGUGUGACAUUUUGGAUUCCUUCACAAGUUGAGCCAACUGUGGCCCUCAUCGGUGCUUCCAUGCCAGCACUGCGGCAUGCCUUCAGUGUUACUGCACCGCAAGUUUCACGUUUCUGGACGUCCCUUAGGUCAGGCUCAACUCAGCACACCGAGCAAUAUGGGAGCUUCAAGGCAAAAUCAUACCAGAACCUCCCAGCCGGUCGCAACGAUAAAACACCAUCUGAAACAGAGGACACCACCCGUAUACUCGACUCCCAUCAGCCGCUAGAGCAUCCACCCCGACCCUACAUCCAGCUUCAAGAGUGGAGAUCAUGA